AGUGUAUCUCAAGUUAGUGUGAGAAAAAGUUGUAAAUCUAAAGCACGUCAGGCCUAGGGAGUCACCAUUAGAGGAUCCAAUGGUGAUGGUGGCAGACGUGCCGCCGAUGGUGAGGAUGACGACGGGAUGGGUAGUGCUGCUCCUCGCUGUUGCGGUGAGCGGGCAGCACCCUCCAGCUUGUCGGACAUUCCUGGCUGAGAACAUCGCCCCUGGAGAGUCAAAAGGCUACCGGUGUCCCGCUGAGGAGUGUCCAGGUGGCCAGGUGUACGGGACAGCCGUGUACGAUAAGGAUUCGGACAUUUGCCUGAGUGCCUUGCAUUCCGGGGUCGUCACCAGCCUGGCUGCCAACAUCACUAUCAAGCAUCUGUCAACACCCCAGCCAGUCCUCGGCACGGCACAGAAUAGAAUUGUGUCUCACAGUAAAAAAGGAUCACAACCACUUUCUGUCUACAAAGUGGAGAGCACAGCACAGCAGGAAGGUAUGGUGGGGCAAGUCAUGUUGGUCUACAAUUUCAUCAAAGAAGGAAAAGGCGUUCGUUUCAUCUGUCUUUCUCAAGACCAAGAGUCCCCAAUAUCACCGUCCAGGCACCUGAAGACAUGGAAUUACAAGGACAUCAACAACAUUGGAACACGUAAGUAGUUCUUUCAGUGCAAUAGUAA